AUGUCUUCCGCUGCCUCCAGCACUUCCACAGACACGAACGACGAGAUGGAGACGACUGCAGCACGACAAGUCUUUCACAAUCUGCUAUCGGAGAUCCUCAAUCAUCUGGAAAAGAAACGCGAUUACCUCAACUGUGGCUUGGUCUGCCAAGCAGGGUUCCCUGUCGCAAUGAGAAAGCUGUAUGAAUCCUUCUCUCAUUCAUCUCUUGCGAGGCUCUGGACAGAUUACGGCUGUGUUCCGUCUCGGUUCUUUCUCUACCAUGACAGUAUCCGGGAACUUUGCCUCAACGGACCUCAUACUGGUAGAGAGCCUAAUCGCAUCGAUCUACGGCGAUGGUUUACACAAUACCCCAAAGCCACGAGUAUGGUCCUACUCCGAAGCCCCUGCGAACCCAACGAUAGGGUCUGCGCUCACGAAGCAUUCACCUUCGCCGGACGUAUCAUACCUGUGCACGGCACUGUCCGCUAUUCCCUACCGAUGACGGAAUCAGCUUUCGGGCCUGAAGCAGACCAGGAUAUCAUCUGGCUCGGACGUCACUCCAUCGACGGGGUCGGAGCGCCGCAGGAGGAGCAAGACCUGCUCUUCGGAGAUUUCUAUAGGGUGAUUGAUCCCUCGAUCAACCCUUCGUCUUUACAACAACCCACUCUCGGAACCAGCAUCCUCGUAUCGCUAGCUUUCCCAGGAGUCGAAAUGUCUCUGAAAGUCCUCGACGACAUCCUGGCAGUCUGUCCCAGGCUCAAGCGUAUCUCGUGCAUCUUGACCUGUCAUUGGCCCGAUCCUACGGAUUAUUUGACACGGUUGACCGAUCUCGUCCGAGGUCCAGGAGCCGGGCUGGAACAGAUCGGUCCCUGCAUCGUCAAAGGCGCGAACCUGCUCAUGUUCGCUCGACAUCUCGCCUUCGUCCCAGCGGUCUUCCUGGAAGGUGUCAUCGAUGGAGAUUGCAUCGACUCGGUGGUAUGGCUUCCUUUGCUGACGGGCUCUCGACCCGGCCAGAUCGUGCUCAAGCCACAACCGAUCGCUCGCGAAGGUCAACACGUGGACGAGACCAUCAAUCCUUAUGAAUUGGCCAAGGUCAUCAGACGGGUCCUGGGGUUCUCCAAGGUAUACAUCCAACAGGCUACCGAAGGGACCUUGACGGACGCCACGGUCAUGUGGACGAGGAUCUUGAGCUCGAUUUGGAAAUCGUUCGAGAAAGAACACGAGUCUGUGCUCACGUUUGAAGAUUUCGAGAUAUCGGAAGAUUGGGAGAUCGACCACUGUACGGAAGAUCCGAAGCCGAAUUUUUGGGACGACGAAGAGGACGAGUCGAUGUUGAAGGAUUUCUGGGACGCUCAAGAGCAAGCGCCGGUGGCAGAGGCUUUCGCGGGAGCUAACGGGGAUGAGGGAACGCGGGUCUGA